CUAAAGUAUAUGAAACAAAAUAUCUACCCAUGCUAUGUUUGUUGUCAGAGAAAUUUAUGUAUUCAUCUGCUACUGAUUCUUUCCAUACUGUGCAUGAAACAAGAUUUUUCUCAUCAGUAUCUCUACCAUGUCGUUUACAAAAGUGUGAAAUUGACCAUUUAGGAUUUACAGCUGAAAGUGGGGAGUAUGCAAUCAAAUCCUGGACACAAAGAACUAAGUAUAGGCAAUUUGAAAUGCACUGUCCUUCAAUUUUUAGUGAUAAUUAUUUGCAAGAACAUAUUAAAUCUGAUAUAAAAAAUAAGAAGUUUUAUUGCAAUGUAUGUGGCAUAAAUUUCAAGAAGAGGUCAAGUUUGAAGGUUCAUGCAUUGAAGCACAGAUUUACGGAUAUUUCACCUGCAUGGAUAUUAAAUUUUUUUGCUAGAGUAGGAACUUUAUGCAUGUAAUAUUUUUAUUUCAAAAUAAUUUUUCAAUUUUAUGAAUAAAUGAGUAAUUUUUACUAGUCAUUUUUUAUUGAGCAAGAAUAAAUUCAUAGAGUAUUGAAAGUUCAACGUUAUUUGUUUAUUGAUUGGAAGAAUGCUUUUAUAAUUAUACAAAAUAAAGGUGUUUGGAAUGAAAACUAUGUAGCUCGAAAAUCAUCUUCAUUUAAACGGUGUCAAAAAGAUGUGAAGAUUUUGAGAUAUGGCUGUACUCUUUGUUCAUAUAGCACUGAUCGUCAGACUGAUUUAAAGCGACAUUCUGUAACGCAUACAGAAGAAAGACAGUUUAUGUGUUUCACAUGUCAGAAAACAUUCAAGCAUAAACAAAGUUUGGUUAAUCACUGUCGCCUCUCUGCACAUAUUCUAUAAAUUACUGACAAAGGUACAUUUCUGGGUUGUUAUUGCACAAUGUGUUGGAAACAUUUUAAUUCACGCUCAUCAUUAAAAAGGCAUUUAAAGAGUCAUCAAGGAAAUCGAUGUUAUAAAUGUCAAAGUUGUUCAUAUACUACAGUUUCUACUGCUCAUUUAAAGAGACAUUUUCUUACACAUACUCAGCAACGGCCUUUCCAUUGCACGACAUGUGGAAAAUCAUUCAAUCAUAAAGAUACAUUAAAAAACCAUAUGUAUACCCAUACUGGAGAGAAACCUUUUAGUUGCAAUGUUUGUUCAUCAAAAUUUAUCCGUUACACUCAUUUAAAGCAGCAUAAAUUGAAGCAUGAAUGGAUUUAUUCUCUUGGUGAUUACAUGAACAAGUUCUUUCAGAACUCGCUUUCUUCACAUCUUAUGCUUUUUGAUUACUUCAACAAUGAUAAAGGAGACCACAAAAGUUCUCGUUUUAGUUGUCCUAUCUGCUCAUAUAGCACAAACCGUUUUCAUCAAAUGAAGCUUCAUGCAGUUAAACACAGUGGUAUUCGCCCUUACACUUGUGAUACAUGCGGAAAAUCCUUCACCAAGAAGUGGCACCAUAAAAUUCAUGUAAGACUUCAUACUGGAGAAAAACCAUAUAUGUGUAACUUGUGCUCAUCAAGAUUUUCUGAUCCAAGUGCAUUUCGGAGACACCAGGCUGUUCAUAAAGUAAAUCGACUUGACCAUAAAAAAAAUUUGAAGAAUCUGGUCAUUUGAUGGAUCAUUCAUAAGAGCAAGACCACUAAAGCCUCAGGCAUGUUACAGAAGAUCAUCAAAAUAUCAUGCUUUGGCAUUCAAAUUAGCAAACUAGCUGUGCUUCUGAAAUAGCGAGGAUAUCUGGACAUUCUUCAGCGCCUGUGUGCUACAUAUAUCCUUCAUACUAUCUUAUUUUACUCCUGUAGAUUUUAGACAUUUUGCUUGUCUUUGCAUAAGUAUUCAGCGCAGGAGGAACAUUUGUAAUGCAAAUUUUGUCAAAAAUUGUAGUGAAAUUGGAGUAAUGGUUUAAUGUGUUCUGGACAAACUGGAGAAAAUCCAACCUUUCAAUUAGAUGGAGAUAACAUAUGCAGUUGUUGCAUAUGGGCAUUUGCUAAUUCGCAUUUCAUUUACCUUAAAUGAGAAAUUUGUAUGUCUUCUUCUCUGUGAGUGUUCUUUAUAAAGAUUUGUCUGAGAAUUGGCAGGAAGAUAUGCAUAGCAUUAUUUGAUAGCUGCGUAUGGAAGUCAUACAAUCUUUACCUAAACAAAAUUUGACCUGUAGUCACAUAUAUGCUGAAUAGAGCUCCAACUUGCAUCAUAUUAAAAGGUAUAUUUUGUGGGUAGUUUAUAUUUUCAUAAAUAAAUAAAUAGUCAUCAAGACAAUCAAAGAUAGGUAAUUUUUCAAGCAUGCAUUGCUUGAAAGGGUUGUUAAUUAAAUUUUAAAAAGGCAGUUAAUUAUAAAUAAACAGUUUUUCUGCCAAUUUUUGAUUCUCCCCUCCCCUCCAGUUUUACAAUUAUGUGGUAUUUUCCCCCCUGCACAGUGUCAUAUUAUUUUGAUACCUACAAGCUCAAGAAAAAAUGUCAUAAUAUUGUAAAUAUUCUAAACUAAGACAUAAAUACUCUAAACCUAAAUUGUGUGAUUCUUUUGGUGAGUUUAAAGCAUUACUGUUAAUUUAGGCAAAACAUACUAGGAUUGUUUGACUAAGCUCUGUGUUGUAUUUGAAUGAGAAUGACCCAUGAACUGAAAUCAAAAAAUCUUGUCACUCUCUUUCUGUAUUACCAAGCUUCUGAGAAGACUUUUAGCUAGACAGAAUUUGAAUUCCUCUGCAUGGUAAAAAAACAAUGCUACCACAAAUGUCUGAGCUUAUCAGGCAGAUAAAUACAACAAUAUGAAAUCAGUCUGUUUCCACUAACCACUAGCCAGGGUGCUUAAGUAUGUCUCUAAAUAAUAAAACAUUUUUCAUCAUAGUACAGUGAGGAUAUAUUUGUCUAAAAUAUAUUUGCUGUCGGUGUAUCCCAAACUGUAACAUUAAGCUAACUGUAUCAAAAAUAUCAGUAUAUUGUAGCAUUGUUCAGAUUUAUUAAAUAUUUUACACUUCUGCUCAGUAAUGAAGCAUGCUAGAUUUUAUGUAUCUAUACUAUUGUUGUUAUUUAUUUAUUCUUCUGAAAAUCUUUAUACCUCCCCUUUUAAGAAUGACCAAAAAUGAUGCAUGAAAUAUAGCAAUAAUGGAAUAAAAUGUUAUUAAUUUAAUUUUGUUAGAUAUCUUUUUAUCUGUUUUUGCUUAAUGUUGUAUUAAUGUUUCUUUAAUGUGCGUAUAAUAAUUUUUA